GCUGCCGGGACGGGCUCAAGAUGGCUGGACGCUUCGGUGCCUUUCCUAUUCGCGGCCCCAAACCCCAUUCAUUGCUGCGCUGCUGAGCGGCGACGCGAGCGGGCCCGAGGGCCCCGGACGCUGUCCCCACGGGGCAGGAGACCGCCAUGGCGACCCUGGAGAAGCUGAUGAAGGCUUUCGAGUCCCUCAAGUCUUUCCAGCAGCAGCAACAGCAGCAGCAGCCGCCGCCGUCUCAGCCCCCUCAGCCGCCGCCGCCUCAGCCUCAGCCCCCGCCGCCUCCGCCGCCGCCCCCGCCGCCACCUGGCCCCGCAGUGACGGAGGAGCAACUGCCCCGACCAAAGAAAGAACACUCUGCCACCAAGAAGGACCGCGUGACCCAUUGUCUGACGAUAUGUGAAAGCAUAGUGGCCCAGUCUCUCAGAAAUUCUCCAGAAUUCCAGAAACUUCUGGGCAUCGCUAUGGAACUUUUCCUGCUGUGCAGUGACGACGCCGAGUCCGAUGUCAGGAUGGUGGCCGACGAGUGCCUCAACAAAGUCAUCAAAGCUCUGAUGGAUUCCAGUCUUCCGAGGCUACAGCUGGAACUCUACAAAGAAAUUAAAAAGAACGGCGCCCCCCGGAGCCUGCGCGCUGCCCUGUGGAGGUUUGCCGAGCUGGCCCACCUGGUUCGGCCCCAGAAAUGCAGGCCCUACUUGGUGAACCUGCUGCCGUGCCUGACUCGAACAAGCAAGAGACCUGAGGAGUCUGUUCAGGAGACCUUGGCUGCUGCUAUACCCAAAAUAAUGGCUUCGUUUGGCAAUUUUGCAAAUGACAAUGAGAUCAAGGCUCUGCUCAAGGCCUUCCUGGCGAACCUGAAGUCCAGCUCCCCGACCGUCCGGCGCACGGCGGCCAGCUCCGUGGUGAGCAUCUGCCAGCACUCCAGGAGGACGCAGUACUUCUACAGCUGGCUGCUCAGCGUGCUCCUAGGUCUGCUGGCCCCUGUCGCGGGCGAGCACCCGCCCCUGCUGGUCCUGGGGGUGCUGCUCGCCCUGAGGUGCUUGGUGCCCCUGCUGCAGCAGCAGGUCCAGGACACCAGCCUGAAGGGCAGCUUCGGGGUCACGCGGAGAGAGACGGAGGUGUCCCCCUCGACGGAGCAGCUGGUGCAGGUGUACGAGCUGACCCUGCGCUACGCGCAGCACCCAGACCACAACGUGGUGACCGGGGCGCUGGAGCUCCUGCAGCAGCUGCUCCGGACCCCGCCCCCCGCACUGCUGCGGGCGCUGACCACGCCCGGCGGCCUGGCGCAGCUCGGUGCCCCCGGCCAGGAGCCCGCUGGGCGGAGCCGCAGCGGGAGCAUCGUGGAGCUGAUAGCCGGAGGGGGUUCCUCGUGCAGCCCUGUCCUUUCAAGAAAACAGAAAGGGACGGAGCGCUUCGGGGAGGCGGCCGCCCUGGAGGACGAGCCCGAGCCGCGGCCGGAGGGCAGCAGCCCGGCCUUCGCAGCCUCAGUCAAGGGCGAGAUCUGUGGGGAGCUGGCUGCCUCUCCCGGGGCCUCCACUCCCGGCUCUGCCAGCACAGUCGCUGCCUCCACGGAUCACGACAUCAUCACCGAGCAGCCCCGGGCCCAGCACACGCUGCAGCCGGACGCCGUGGACCUGGCCGGCUGCGACCUGACGAGCGCCGGCACCGACGGGGACGAGGAGGACGUGCUGAGCCGCAGCUCCAGCCGGAUCAGCGCCGUCCCGUCCGACGCGGCCGUGGACCUGAAUGACGGGACGCAGGCCUCCUCUCCCGUCAGCGACAGCUCCCAGACCUCUACCGAGGGCCCCGAUUCGGCCGUGACCCCUUCGGACAGCUCCGAGAUCGUGCUGGACGGCGCUGACGGCCAGUACUCGGGGCUGCAGCUCGGCCCUCCGCAGGACGGGGAGGAGGAGGAGGAGGAGGAGCCCCCGGGCCUCCUGGCGGACGAGGACGCGGACGCCUUCCCACACUCCUCCGUCGCCCCAGAUCCUCCGUUUCCAGACGCCCUUCAGCAAGCGCGUGUGUUGGAGAGCGUGGGCCACAGCAGGCAGCCGUCCGACAGCAGCGUGGAUAGAUUUGUGUCCAGGGACGAAACCGCUGACCCGGGGGAUCAGGAGGACAAGCCUUGCCGGGUCAAAGGUGACAUCGGACAGUCUACAGACGAAGAUUCGGCUCCCCUCGUCCAUUGCGUCCGCCUUUUAUCCGCGUCGUUUCUGCUGACUGGGGAAAAAAAUGCGCUGGUUCCGGAUCGGGACGUGCGGGUCAGCGUGAAGGCCUUGGCGCUCAGCUGCGUCGGGGCCGCCGUGGCCCUCUACCCCGAGGCGUUCUUCAGCAAGCUGUACAGGGCCCCUCCCGCCGCCGCGGAGCUCGCUGGAGAGCAGUGCGUCUCAGACGUCGUGAACUACAUCGCGCACGGGGACCCGCAGGUCCGAGGGGCCACGGCCGUGCUCUGCGGGGCGCUCCUGUGCUCCGUCCUCGGCCGCUCCCGCUUCCGCGUGGGCGGCUGGCUAGGCUCCGUCCGGACCCUGACAGGGAGCACGUUUUCUCCGGCGGACGGCGUCCCUCUGCUGCAGAAGGCCUUGAAGGACGAGUCCUCUGUCACUUGCAAGCUGGCGUGCACGGCCGUGCGGCACUGCGUCAUGAGCCUGUGCAGCAGCAGCUACAGCGACCUGGGGCUGCAGCUGAUCACCGACGUGCUGAGCCUGCGGAGCAGCUCCUACUGGCUGGUGCGCACGGAGCUGCUGGAGACGCUCGCCGAGGUCGACUUCAGGCUGGUGAGCUUUCUGGAAGCCAAGGCCGAACGCCUGCACAGAGGGGCGCACCAUUACACAGGGCUUCUGAAGCUGCAAGACCGGGUGCUCAAUAACGUGGUCAUCUACCUGCUCGGGGACGAGGACCCCAGGGUGCGGCACGUCGCCGCCGCGUCCCUGAUAAGGCUCGUCCCGAAGCUGUUCUACAAGUGCGACCAGGGGCAGGCCGACCCCGUCGUGGCCGUGGCCAGAGACCAGAGCAGCGUCCACCUGAAGCUGCUCAUGCACGAGGCGCAGCCCGCCUCGCACUUCUCCGUCAGCACCAUCACCAGGAUGUACAGAGGCUACAGCCUGCUGCCGAGCAUGACGGACGUCACCCUGGAGAACAACCUGUCCAGAGUCGUCGCCGCCGUGUCGCAGCAGCUGGUCACGGCCACCACGCGCGCGCUCACGUUUGGAUGCUGCGAAGCUUUGUGUCUUCUCUCCACGGCCUUUCCGGUUUGCGUCUGGAGUCUGGGUUGGCACUGCGGAGUGCCCCCCCUGGGCGCCUUGGACGAGUCUCGGAAGAGCUGCACGGUCGGCAUGGUCACCACGGUGCUCACCCUGCUCUCGUCGGCGUGGUUCCCGCUGGACCUCUCGGCCCAUCAGGAUGCUCUGAUCCUGGCUGGAAACCUGCUUGCAGCCAGCGCCCCCAAGUCUCUGAGGAGCUCCUGGGCCACGGAGGAGGAGGCCGGCCCGGCCGCCGGCAAGCAGGAGGAGGCGUGGCCGGCGCUGGGGGACCGCAGCCUGGUGCCCAUGGUGGAGCAGCUCUUCUCCCACCUGCUGAAGGUGGUCAACAUCUGUGCGCACGUGCUGGACGAGGUGGCUCCCGGGCCCGCCGCGAAGGCAGCCUUGCCGUCCCUCGCGAACCCCCCUUCCCUGAGCCCCAUCCGACGGAAGGGGAAGGAGAAGGAGCCCGGCGAGCAGGCGUCCGUGCCCCUGAGCCCCAAGAAGGGCAGCGAGGCCAGUCCAGCCUCCCGCCAGUCCGAAGGCUCGGGGCCCGUCACAGCGAGCAGUAAGUCCUCGUCGCUGGGGAGCUUCUACCACCUUCCUUCCUACCUCAGACUGCACGACGUCCUGAAGGCCACCCACGCCAACUACAAGGUCACCUUGGACCUGCAGAGCAGCACGGAGAAGUUCGGGGGCUUUCUGCGCUCGGCCUUGGACGUGCUCGCCCAGAUCCUGGAGCUGGCCACGCUGCAGGACAUCGGGAAGUGCGUCGAGGAGAUCCUGGGGUACCUGAAGUCCUGCUUCAGCCGGGAGCCGAUGAUGGCCACGGUGUGCGUGCAGCAGCUGUUGAAGACGCUCUUUGGGACGAACCUGGCCUCCCAGUUUGACGGCUCGUCGUCCAACCCCAGCAAGUCCCAAGGCCGGGCCCAGCGCCUCGGCUCGUCCAGCGCGAGGCCGGGCCUCUACCACUACUGCUUCAUGGCCCCGUACACCCACUUCACCCAGGCCCUGGCCGACGCCAGCCUGCGCACCCUGGUGCAGGCGGAGCAGGACCACGACGCCUCGGGGUGGUUUGAUGUCCUGCAGAAAGUGUCCACCCAGCUGAAGACGAACCUCACCAGUGUCACCAAGAACCGUGCGGACAAGAACGCCAUCCACAGCCACAUCCGCCUGUUCGAGCCCCUGGUCAUCAAGGCGCUGAAGCAGUACACCACCACCACGUCCGUGCAGCUGCAGAGGCAGGUCCUGGACCUGCUGGCGCAGCUGGUGCAGCUGCGGGUCAACUACUGCCUCCUGGACUCGGAUCAGGUGUUCAUCGGCUUCGUGCUGAAGCAGUUCGAGUACAUCGAGGUCGGCCAGUUCAGGGAGUCCGAGGCCAUCAUCCCGAACAUCUUCUUCUUCCUGGUGCUGCUGUCGUACGAGCGAUACCACUCCAAGCAGAUCAUCGGCAUCCCCAAGAUCAUCCAGCUCUGCGACGGCGUCAUGGCCAGCGGCAGGAAGGCCGUGACGCACGCCAUCCCGGCCCUGCAGCCCAUCGUGCAUGACCUCUUCGUGCUGCGGGGCGCCAACAAGGCGGACGCGGGGAAGGAGCUGGAGACGCAGAAGGAGGUGGUGGUGUCCAUGCUGCUGCGGCUCGUCCAGUACCACCAGGUGCUGGAGAUGUUCGUCCUGGUCCUGCAGCAGUGCCACAAGGAGAGCGAGGACAAGUGGAAGCGGCUGUCGCGGCAGGUCGCCGACAUCAUCCUCCCGAUGCUGGCCAAGCAGCAGAUGCACAUUGACUCCCACGAAGCCCUCGGGGUGCUGAACACCUUGUUCGAGAUCCUGGCCCCGUCCUCCCUGCGGCCCGUGGACAUGCUGCUGCGGAGCAUGUUCGUCACCCCGGCCACGCUGGCGUCGGUGAGCACCGUCCAGCUGUGGGUCUCCGGAGUGCUGGCCAUCCUGCGGGUCCUGAUCUCCCAGUCCACCGAGGACAUCGUCCUGUCUCGCAUCCAGGAGCUGUCCUUCUCCCCGCACCUCAUCUCCUGCCCGGCCAUCAGCAGGCUGAGGGGCGGGGACGGCGGCUCACCGGCGGAAGAACGCGGCGAGGGGAGGCUCGCGAAGAGCCUGCCGGAAGAAACGUUCUCCAGGUUCCUCCUGCAGCUGGUGGGCAUCCUGCUGGAGGACAUCGCAACCAAGCAGCCGCGGGUGGAGAUGAGCGAGCAGCAGCACACCUUCUACUGCCAGGAGCUGGGCACGCUGCUCAUGUGUCUCAUCCACAUCUUCAAGUCCGGGAUGUUCCGGAGAAUCACAGCCGCCGCCUCCAGACUCUUCACCGCAGACAGCGGCGCCGAGGGCAGCUUCUACAGCCUGGAGAGCCUGAACGCGCGGGCGCGCUCGCUGGUGCCCACGCACCCGGCGCUCGUGCUGCUCUGGUGCCAGAUCCUGCUGCUCGUCAGCCACACCGACCACCGCUGGUGGGCCGGGGUGCAGCAGACCCCCAGGAGGCGCAGCCUGUCCAGCACGAAGUCCCUGAGCCCCCAGGUGUCUGAGGAGGAGGAGGACUCCGACUUGGCGUCCAAGCUGGGAAUGUGCAACAGGGAAAUCGUCCGGCGAGGGGCCCUCAUCCUCUUCUGCGACUACGUCUGCCAGAACCUGCACGACUCAGAGCACCUGACCUGGCUCGUCGUGAACCACGUCCAGGACCUGGUCGGCCUGUGCCACGAACCCCCCGUGCAGGACCUCAUCAGCGCCGUGCACCGGAACCCUGCCGCCAGCGGCCUCUUCGUGCAGGCCGUCCAGGCCCGCUGCGAGAGCCUUGCCACUCCCACCACGCUGAAGAAGACCCUGCAGUGCCUGGCGGGGAUCCACCUCAGCCAGUCGGGCGCCGUGCUGACGCUGUACGUGGACAAGCUGCUGUGCACCCCGUUCCGCGCGCUGGCCCGCAUGGUGGACACCCUGGCCUGUCGCCGGGUGGAAAUGCUGCUGGCGGCCAACGUGCAGGCCAGCACGGCCCAGCUGCCGGUGGAAGAGCUGAACCGGAUGCAGGAGUACCUUCAGAGCAGCGGCCUGGCGCAGAGGCACCAGAGGCUCUACUCCCUGCUGGACAGGCUGCGUCUCGCCACCGCCCCCGGGUCCCGCGGCCCCUCCCCUCCGGUCACAGCCCACCCGCUGGAUGGCGACGGGCCCCUGGCGCUGGAGACCGUGAGUCCAGACAAAGACUGGUACCUGCGCCUGGUCAAGUCCCAGUGCUGGACGCGGUCCGACUCGGCGCUGCUGGAGGGCGCGGAGCUGGUGAAUCGGAUCCCUGCAGGUGACAUGAGUGCGUUCAUGCUGAACUCGGAGUUCAACGUGGGCCUGCUCGCCCCAUGCCUGGGCCUGGGCGCGCGGGAGCUCUCCGGAGGCCAGAGGAGUCCCCUCUUCGAAGCGGCUCGCCUGGCGACUCUGGACCGCGUGGCCGGCGUGGUGCAGCAGCUCCCCGCUGGCCACCACGUCUUCCGGCCCCUCCUGCCCGCGGAGCCCGCCGCCUACUGGAGCCAGCUGAGCGACCUGUUCGGGGACGCCGUGUUGUACCGCUCCCUAACCACCCUGGCCCGUGCCCUGGCCCAGUACCUGCUGGUGCUCCCCAAGCUGCCCAGCCACCUGCACCUUCCCCCGGAGAAGGAGAGGGACACCAUGAAGUUCGUGGUCGCGACCCUGGAGGCGCUGUCCUGGCACCUGAUCCACGAGCACGUGCCCCUGAGCCUGGACCUCCAGGCGGGCCUGGACUGCUGCUGCCUGGCCCUGCGGCUGCCCGGCCUCUGGAGCCUGCUGGCCUCCCCGGAGAUGGUGACCCACGCCUGCUCGCUCGUCCACUGCGUGCGCUUCAUCCUGGAAGCCAUUGUGGUGCAGCCCGGAGACCAGCUCCUUGGUCCAGAAAGGAGGACGGACGCCCCAGCGGCUGCCAGAGAGGACGCAGGCUCCCACGCCCAGAGCCCUGAGUACGUCACGGCAGCCUGCAGGAUGGUGGCGGAAAUGGUGGAGGCCCUGCCGUCCGUGCUGGCCCUGGGGCACGAGAGGAACAGCGGCACCCCCGCCUUCCUCACGCCGGUGCUCAGGAACAUCGUGGUCAGCCUGGCCCGCCUGCCCCUCGUCAACAGCUACACGCGCGUGCCCCCGCUGGUCUGGAAACUUGGGUGGUCCCCUACGCCAGGAGGGGACUUCGGCACGGCCUUCCCCGAGAUCCCCGUGGAGUUCCUGCAGGAAAAGGAGGUCUUCAGGGAGUUCAUCUUCCGCAUCAACACCCUAGGGUGGACCAGCCGCACGCAGUUCGAGGAGACGUGGGCCACCCUGCUCGGUGUCCUGGUGACCCAGCCCCUCGCGACGGAGCAGGAGGAGAGCCCGCCGGAGGAGGACACGGAGAGGACCCAGAUCAAUGUCCUAGCCGUGCGGGCCAUCACCUCCCUGGUGCUGAGCGCGAUGACCGUGCCUGUGGCCGGCAACCCGGCCGUGAGCUGCUUGGAGCAGCAGCCGAGGAACAAGCCCCUGAAGGCUCUGGACACCAGGUUUGGGCGGAAGCUGAGCGUGAUCAGAGGAAUCGUGGAGCAGGAGAUCCAGGCCAUGGUGUCGAAGAGGGAGAACGUCGCCACCCACCACCCGUACCAGGCGUGGGACCCCGUGCCGUCCCUGUCUCCCGCCACGACAGGUGCCCUCAUCAGCCACGACAGACUCCUGCUGCAGACCAACGCGGAGCGGGAGCUGGGCAGCAUGGGCUACCAGCUGGGCCAGGUGUCCAUCCACUCCGUGUGGCUGGGGAACAGCAUCACGCCCCUGAGGGAGGAGGAGUGGGACGAGGAGGAGGAAGAAGAGGCCGACACCCCCGCCCCUUCGUCUCCGCCCACGUCUCCGGUCAACUCUAGGAAGCACCGGGCCGGGGUCGACAUCCACUCCUGCUCCCAGUUCUUGCUCGAGCUGUACAGCCGCUGGGUCCUGCCGUCCAGUCCAGCCCGGAGGAUCCCCGUCGCCCUGGUCAGCGAAGUGGUUCGCUCUCUCCUGGUGGUGUCCGACCUGUUCACGGAGCGCAGCCAGUUCGAGAUGAUGUACCUGACGCUGACCGAGCUGCGGAGGGCGCACCCGUCCGAGGACGAGAUCCUCCUGCAGUACCUGGUGCCGGCCACCUGCAAGGCCGCUGCUGUCCUCGGGAUGGACAAGGCGGUGGCGGAGCCGGUCAGCCGGCUGCUGGAGAGCACACUCAGGAGCAGCCACCUGCCCUGCAAGACCGGGGCGCUGCACGGCGUGCUCUACGUGCUGGAGUGCGACCUCCUGGACGACACGGCCAAGCAGCUCAUCCCGGUCGUCUGCGACCACCUCCUCUCCGGCCUGCGAGGCGCCGCCCACUGCGUGAGCGUGCACAGCCAGCAGCACGUGCUGGUGAUGUGCGCCACCGCCUUCUACCUGGUGGAGAACUACCCGCUGGACGUGGGGCCCGAGUUCUCUGCGUCCAUCAUACAGAUGUGCGGGGUGAUGCUGUCCGGGAGCGAGGAGUCCACCCCGUCCCCCGUCUAUCACUGCGUCCUGCGGGGCCUGGAGCGCCUCCUGCUGUCCGAGCAGCUCUCCCGGCUGGACGCGGAGUCCCUGGUCAAGCUCAGCGUGGACAGGGUGAACGUGCACAGCCCGCACCGGGCCAUGGCCGCCCUGGGGCUCAUGCUCACCUGCAUGUACACAGGGAAGGAGAAGGUCAGUCCGGGCCGGACCUCCGAGCCCAGCCCUGCCGCCCCCGACAGCGAGUCCGUGAUCGUGGCCAUGGAGCGCGUGUCCGUGCUCUUCGACAGGAUCAGGAAAGGCUUUCCGUGCGAAGCCCGCGUGGUGGCGCGGAUCCUCCCGCAGUUCCUGGAUGACUUCUUCCCGCCCCAAGACGUCAUGAACAAAGUCAUCGGGGAGUUCCUGUCCAACCAGCAGCCCUACCCGCAGUUCAUGGCCACCGUGGUGUACCAGGUGUUCCAGACCCUGCACAGCACGGGGCAGUCCUCCAUGGUCCGGGACUGGGUCAUGCUGUCGCUCUCCAACUUCACGCAGAGGGCCCCGGUCGCCAUGGCCGUGUGGAGCCUCUCCUGCUUCUUCGUGAGCGCGUCCACCAGCCCGUGGGUCUCCGCCGUCCUCCCCCACGUCAUCAGCAGGAUGGGCAGGCUGGAGCAGGUGGACGUGAACCUCUUCUGCCUGGUGGCCACGGACUUCUACAGACACCAGAUCGAGGAGGAGCUGGACCGCCGGGCCUUCCAGUCCGUGUUCGAGGUGGUGGCCGCGCCGGGGACCCCGUACCAGCGGCUGCUGGCUUGUUUGCAGAACGUCCACAAGGGGGCCUCGUGCUGAGCUCCCGGGACACCAGCCCGGGCCGGGCUCGGGACCAGGUGGCCACGCUCCCCCAGGGAGGCCACGCAGGGCACACGGCAGUCGCGUGUGGGCCGGGCCCCAGUCCCCACAGGAGGCCCCAGCAGCGGCGCAGCCGGCCCUUCCGUGGAGCCAGUGUCGACGCCAGCGAGUGUGCACCUUCCUCCGGCCGCCCGCCCGGCCCGUGGGACCCGCCGCAGCAGCUCCCGGCCCAGGACACCCUGCAGGGGGGACCGCCCGCUGCCCCUGCCUCCUCGCGGGCGCCGCUCCUGGCCGGGUGCGCGGGGGCGGGGAGCAUGGGCCUAGCGCCACACUCCCCUCUUGGUUUCUUCUCAGGACUUAAAAGCUUAAUUGUAUCAGUAAAGAGAUUAAUUUUAAGGUA